GUAAGAAAAACCGUUAAAAGCCGCUGUACCGCUCCCAAAUCAUCGCCGAAAAUAGUUUGGUUACCUCCACGCGAGUCCUCGACCGAUUUUCUAUCAAUACGAGUGAUCAUCGCGCUCAGAACUGUUCGAAAUAUCGUUCCCCAGUUACUACAUUAACGUUAUUUAGUGGUGAUCUUAACCGUAGUGCUACCCAAGCCCGAAAAACAUGUCUUCAAGAUCGAAGAAGUCGGCCACACCGGCGUCGCAACCUCCCCCGCGUCCUUCGAGCCCCCUGAGCCCUACCCGGCAUUCCAGGCUCCAGGAAAAGGCCGAUUUGCAGAACCUCAACGAUCGAUUGGCGUGCUACAUCGAUAAAGUCAGGUAUUUAGAGUCUGAAAACAACAGACUCACUCGGGAAAUUCAAACAACACAGGAGACUGUUACUAGAGAAGUGUCCAACAUAAAAUCUAUGUACGAUCAUGAACUAAGCGAUGCACGUAAACUAUUAGAUGAAACACACAGGGAAAAAGCACGAUUAGAGAUCGAUGUGAAACGUUUGUUAGACGAGAAUGAUGAGUUAAAACAGGAACUAGCCAAGAAGUCGAAGGAUUUAACGUUGGCAGAGAAUUCUGCUCGAAUCUACGAGACUAGGUGUAACGAGUUGCAGCUGAAAUACAACCAGGCUAAUGCCGAUGCUAAAAAAGCCAUCGGUGAUUUGAAAGAUCUGGAGAAGGAACGGGACAAACUUAAAAAACUUCUAGACGAACAUAGAAAACAGCUCGAGGAAGAAUCUCUGGCUAGAGUGGAAGUUGAGAAUGCCAAUCAAAGUCUAAGAGAAGAAUUAUCCUUUAAAGACCAGGUCUACCAACAGCAGCUAACCGAAACACGUACACGUCGGCAGAUCGAAAUUAGCGAGAUUGACGGACAGUUGGCUGAAAAAUAUGAAGCCAAGCUGCAACAAGCUUUGCAAGAUCUCAGGGACCAGUAUGAGAGCCAAAUGGCUAGCAACAGGUCAGAGAUCGAGCUGCUCUACGAAAAUAAAAUCAAGAAUCUCCAAGCUGCCGCAAAUAGACAGUCAAACGCCGCUUCCAAUGCUCUGGACGAAGCCAGACAAAUCCGAUCCAAAAUUGACACCCUUACCAACAGGGUAACGCAGUUAGAGAAUGAAAACUCAGGACUAGUUGCCAGAGCCCGAGAUUUGGAGAAGUUAUUAGAGAACGAACGGUUACGUCACGCCGAAGACUUGGCAGCGCUGGAAGGCGAAUUGGCCAGACUGCGUGAAGAGAUGUCCAACCAGUUGCAGGAGUAUCAAGAUCUGAUGGACAUUAAGGUGUCUUUGGACAUAGAAAUUGCCGCUUACAGGAAGCUGUUGGAAUCGGAGGAAUCCAGAUUAAGAAUUACACCAUCGGGAGGAGAACGUGAAGUGAUCCACUCUACCAGCACUCGUAGUUCUUCAUCUCGCCUCACGCCUAGCAGGUUGGGUGCCAAGCGCAAGCGCACGCUCAUGGACGAAAGCCACGAAUCCAGUUUUUCCGACUACAGCGUCACCGGUUCCAGCAAAGGCGACAUUGAAAUCUUGGAAGCCAAUCCUGACGGAAAGUUUGUCAAACUCCAUAACAAGAGUAACCAGGAGAUAACUGUUGGUGGCUGGCAGAUUAUUUUGAGGGCCGGAGACAACGAAACCAAAUACAAAUUUAUUCGUUCGGCGAAAAUUGAACCCAAAGGUACAGUCACCGUGUGGUCUGCGGAUCAAAACAAGGAUCAUGAACCACCACAUGAUCUAGUGAUGAAAGGGCAAAGGUGGGUCACUGGAGACAACAUCACAACCACGCUGUUGAAUUUUGAUGGCGAAGAAGUUGCAGUUUCGGAAAGAGUAAAACGACAGCUGUCAAGCUCGCACCUAAGACACCGAGAGAUGGCGGGGGGGUUUAUAGGGGCCGAGGAUCUCCAUCAUCAAGUCGGCGAUCCCCAAGGCGAUGAAAAAUGUCGACUCAUGUAAAAACGAAAUCAAACUCUUUUUACAUUCAACAAGCCUAAAGCUAAAAAGAUUAGGUAAGUAUGGAGCUAGAUCGCCUACUUUUUGUACAAAAAAAAUCACUUUCCUUUAGUCCUAACAACUGAAAGGGUGCAAAACGUUUUUGCAGUAUGGUUUUCUUUCUUUCGGUUCAAUUUUGUGUGAUUUUUUGGUGGGUUACAAAAGGUUGGUUAAAAGUAAUAAAAAAAUGUUCUUAAGUUAGUUUGAAUAAGAAGAGGAUUUUUUCAGCGUAAUAGUUUCGCACGUUUUGAAAGUUUAGUAAAAAAAUAUUUAUUUGCUUUGUAUAAGGUGUAUUUUUAGGUGAUAUUUAGGACGGUCAUAUACAUAUAACAGAAUAUGGUUUUGAUGGAUUUUUAAAAUUUUCUAUAGAGAAAUAAGAUGAUAUAUCACACAUUUUUGUAAUUUUCUUAGCAGAAAUGUAAAUAUAGAUACUUAUAUAUCAAGGUUUGUAGGAAAAAACGAAUUAAAAAAAA